AAAUACACGUUUUCUCAUACGUUCAUGGUUUGAUUUUAGGUUUAAAGAGAAAUAAAAGAAAUACAAAGCCCGGGCUUUGUAUGAAUCAACUUGAGGAGUCGAAUCAAUUGAAUUUGAAUCUAAGCUCUUUCGUGUGGCUCGAUAAAUAUUUUAUUGGCUUUUUUCCCCCUUCUUUAAAUGGCAGGAAGAAAGCUUGUAGUGUGUGAGAGACGUCGAUAUGAUGAUGCUGUAUUGACAGUGAGGGUUAAUUUAUUAAGGCUGUGGAAUAAUAAAGUGGUGAAGAAUCGAAUCAGGGUGUCGAAUCUCUUGUGUCGGAUCUUUUAUCUUCUUAUUUGACAGCUGUGUGGAAACCUUUUGUUAAACAUUUAAACCUUUUAAUGAACCUGUUUAUUACGCUAGAAAGUCUGAGAUGGAAGUUAAGUAGCGGAUUCGUGACAAUAACAGUGUUACAGUGAAGUGAGCUUUACACUGGAACCGAAUACAUUUAAAUGGCGACCGCUAAUGGCACGUCGACCCCGGCCCGUUUCUAUGGAAACCGCCACCUUUGCCCCGCCCCCUCGCUUGCCUAUAAAAGGCGGACAGAGGCUUCCAUAAAUCAAAAAUUCCACUCAGGAGUGAAGGCUAAACGAAUGAUCUGUUGCCAGACCAAGAGUUAAUGUGCUUGAGCUGGUUCUGGUCCAGAUCCUGGUUCUGGUAAUGAUCCUGGUUCUGGUAAUGAUCCUGGUCCUGUUUAAACUGCUCAUAUUUAUUAAUCUAAACCUAAUCCAUAAAAAACCCCACUUUUAAGACAUUUCUCCAGUCUGAAACACACUAAUGUGUCUCCAAACCUCUGGAUCUUUGGCUCCACUCCUCCCAGUACAGAAUACUCUGCAUUAAGUUUGCUGGUGGUAGCAUGGCAGCAGCAUUCCUAAAUGGGAAGGAUGCAAACUCUCUCCUCAAGCGUUUUCCACGUGCUAAUGGGUUCCUGGAGGAGUUUCGGCAGGGUAACAUCGAGAGGGAGUGUGUGGAGGAGAGCUGCAGCUUCGAGGAGGCCAACGAGGUGUUUGAGAACAAGGAAAAAACAAUGGAGUUCUGGAAGACCCGCAGCUUGUACACCGUGAACAACAACGCAGAAACGCGUUCAGGACGCGCUGACACCGUGUACAUGGUUGUCCCGUUGCUGGGUGUAGCCCUUCUCAUCAUCAUUGCGCUCUUCUUGAUCUGGCGCUGCCAGCUGCAGAAGGCCACACGCCGGCGCCCGGCGUACACACAGAACCGCUACCUGGCCAAUCGCAACACUCGCAGCCUUCCCAGAAUCCUCGUGCACCGCGACACCCCUGCACAUUCAGACAACUCGCACUCCAAUGAAAGGCCCAGCAUGGUGCUCAGCGGAGGGGAACGAGAACGAGGUGGCGUAAGCUCAGGGACCCUGGACUGCUCGUUGCAACCUCCGAACGGCCGCGGACUCUACGUGCAGGACUCGUCUAUGUCCGUCGCGUCUCGUCUAUCGGGGGCCACACCCCCCCCGUCUUAUGAAGAAGUGACAGGCCACUUGGAGAGCAGCAGCGAUGAGAACACCACCCCGUACAGCGACCCGCCUCCCAAGUACGAGGAGAUCGUUAAAGAAAAGUGAGGGUACAACUUUGUUGGUCUCGAUCAGACCUAAGUGUGUUUAGGAUCCCACAUUGCCACCUACGUGUGUGCAGGAGGAGAGCUACCAAAUGGUCAUCCUUAAAAUGUUUUUAUUUCCUGGAGUCAAAUCAUCCGGACUUGUUUCUUGUGGAUGAGACGCCUGCGUUUUUUUGGGGGGUUUUUUUUUGCACUCUUCCGGAACCACAACCAGCUGCUCACCACACCGCUACACCUCGCACCAUCGUCAGUGUCUUUCAUCGUAUUCAGUGCUUUUUUAACAAUCGAGGCUCCACCGUGGUUGAACGGAGUGAGGAAAAGGAGACGAGGUGUUUUUCCGUCUCGUUUACGUUGUACAAAAUGAGGUGGAGCUGCACAAAACUUACGAGCAUUUGCAUUAUUACAAAGAGACAACCUUGUGUUGUUGUUUUUUUUUUGGAUUUUUUUUUUAAACACAAAACGGAGAAUCUACUGUUGAACCUAAUGUAAACAAAUGUGUGUGCCAUAUUCCACGUGUAUGUCGCUACUAUUACUACUAGUGAUUAGCCAGGAAGUGUCCCAGACGCCGACGUUCCUAUAAACCCGUUCAAAGUAUAGAUGUAAAAUUACUACAAUACUGCACCAGAGGGGAUUUUUAAAAUAAUAUGCAAAUAACAACUCACACACACAACAAUGUUAGAAAGAUUUCCUAGUUUGUAAACUCUCCUAAUCUGCGUACCAAAAUCAACACACGCCUUAAACACUUGGGUUUAAACAUCAAUCAGUCUGUUCUGUGUUUAACAAAGCUGUCAGUGAUUUCACCAAAAUAAUGAGGGUUUACUCUCAAUACUGUGCUCACACACACACACACACAACAAUCACAAGACACUGUCUACAUCCGAUGCGUGGUGGCGGCUCGUCUAUAGGGACAGAUCGGGCAGAGCAACAACGGACCGAAGUACUAAUUUAUUUAUUAAUUAUUUUUUUUGAGUGACUAGCGAUUUGAAAAGAAAAAAAAAAAACGCUCCAUUGCUUUGCUAGUUUUCUUGAUGCUCCUUGUAACUCCAUAGUGUUAUCACCCCUAGUGGUCAAACAGAGGAACUGCAACAUUCGCUGUUAGAAGCCUAUUGGGACAGGAAUGACACUGCCCCAUGCUCAAUGAGGUGGAGCAGUAGAUGGCACAGUUAAUUACACGGUUGCCAGUACCGUGUUUUCUACCCUAGAUUGGGGUAAAAAAUAAAAUAGUAAAUAAAUAAUUAAAAGGCAAGAUUCUGUUCUGUAUUUGAUAAAAUAAAAUAAAAAAUCGAAUAGGUUUCUACCAAAAAAGGCACAGUGUCAGGGUAGGAAGGGUGGAUGUGAUGUACGGGAUUCUGUCGAGGUGGAAUAGGGAGAUUAUGGAGCAGAUACAUCAGAAAUCAGGUGCGUGUGUUUUCAUCACAGCGAUCGUUUUACACACAAGGGUUGAGAAUACGAAGGAUAUAGUAUAAUAGCAUAAGUCAAGCGUCUCUCGGCUUUAUUUCAUUUGAGGUCGCGUCGUUAUUAAUGUCGUCCUGCCCAACGAAAUCUACGGUCAAGAGCCGCCUCUGCUGCUGCGACUACAUGUAAAUAAACAUAUAAUAUAAAAUACAGAUAGCACAAUUACUGGAUAAACUAACAUUCCAGAUCCCUAAAGAUUCUUCCCCACAUUCCUCCCUCCGCUCUGACUGUUUACAGCUUUUGUUACUCUUUUUUUAUAUAACGGCAUAAACAAUGUGUGUAAUUUGUUUAAAAAAAAAAAAGAAUGAAAAAAAAAGCAUUACGUUGCUUUCGACUUCACCAAGUGCUAUACUGUAGUAUUUUGUAUAAUGCUGCUUGUCUUCAUACCAUGUCAUUCCUCACCUAACUAUUUACGACUCGGAGUUCGGAGUCUUAACCGGAUGCUAAACUGCCCGACUGAAAUAGUCUUUUUUUUUUUCAGCUCAGGUUUAAGCCAAUCAACUGCCACCUUUGCAGGAAAUAUUGUGUGCAGAUAUGUUUGAUAUAUAAACACACAUAAAUAUGAAAUCCUUUUUCACUGCCACUACCAAAUCGAAUGAUUGUGCACUAGUAUAUGGGCGAUUAUUAUUCUUAUAAUUAUUAUUAGUAUUUAUUUUUAUUUUCAAAUGUAAGGGCGGUUUAGCACGGCUACUAUCGGGCGAAAUAGUGUCUCGUGUUAAUCACCGUACUUUCGGCCGAGGAGCUUGAUAGCGAGCUGACUUGGGACUCCUGAUCCAAAGAGUUUGACAAAGAAGCUUUUGGUGCAGGCUCUCGCUAGGAAGAACACUUGCAUACAAAGCUUAUCUUAUUAUAAGGCUUUUUUUUUUAGAAUAGAGUUGAGGUCAGUGUAUGUUGCAUUCCUACGGUUUUCAGUAUGAAAGCAAGCGAAAGUUGUUUUUUUAUUUUAUUCCUGGGCCAAAAACUAAAACAGGGAAUGAAUUCACUUUUUUCUGCAGCAAAAUUCUGCUCGUGCUACUUUACAGGGUCGCAGAACCCAUUCGGAGGAAAGUGUAGUCUGCCCUCUUCCACGUACAUGAGCUUAUACUAUAGAUGCCUGGCUGGAUGAUUCUUGUGUCACUGUGAUUGACCGGGCAGACAGAGAAUGCCCCUCACACCCAGCUCUUUUGGACUCCAGGCCAUUGAGAUCUAUUGCAAAUUCAUUUACAUUUACUACAUUGGGCAGACUUCCUUAUCCAGAGCGAAUUACAUUUCAUCUCGUUUAUACAGCUGAGCAGUUGAGGGUUAAAGACCUUGCUCAGGGACCCAAUUUUCCACCAGAAAGAACAGGGUGCUGGUUCAAAGUUGGUUCCACCGGCGAACCUUCUAAGAACCGGUUUGUCUUUCCGUCGGUUAGAGAGCGUCACAGAGCCGAGUCUGACGUCACUGUAUACGUGUCACGUUACACAGCGACAUUAGCGCAGCAGCGACAAACACAUGAACAACAAUGGCGGAUGUUGCGUUACUGUUAAUGCUCAUGGCUUUGUGGACCAAACGCGGUGAAUCCGAUGUGUACGUGCAGCUCCGUGUAAUCUGUAUAAACGGAGGUUGUGAUCGAGAAAGUACGUAACGUUAUUUUAUCAUUAACACAGAAAAAAGUUAGCCUUAGCAUGUAGCUAACUACUAUCAUGUGUUGAUAAUUGAUCAUAUUGCGGUAAAGUAAAAGUCUAUUCAAAAUUAGUAUACUUAAGGCACAUUAUCAAAUGCGCUAACAGUAGCCCCGCCCACAGCCCCUGACGCAAGCGGUUCUUAAGUCUAGACCAGCAACUUUUUGGUGCUACUUAAGAACCACUUUUCCUGGUUCAGAGCCGGUGCUUUGGCUGUCAAAAAAGAAAGAACUGGUUCUAAAUUAGGCUCCGAACCUGCACUCAAACUGCCUCGGUGGAAAAGGGGCAAUGGUGGACCUGGGAUUUAAACUCGCAACCUUCCCAUCGGUAGACUCAACACCUUCACCACUAAGCUACCACCAAUUAAAAUUUUUCUUUUGUGCUAUUUGGAUAAAAAUAUUUUUAAUAAAUAAAACGGUGAUUUAUUUUAUUUAUUUAAUGUUUCUACCCGUUUCAUCGUACAAACUCCAGAAGUCCGUAUUUAGUCCAUCAGGCAUUAACCGCAAUCUUCAAUCAAAACCUUUUGCUAUUAGCGACCCUGCUGUUGCUGCUACACACCGAGAUGACUGUUCAAGAUUAUUAUUUUAAGUCCAGUAAUUGUUUUUAAUUCCAAAAAGUACAUUUUGCUUUUUUUUCCAGUUUGAAAUAAUAAAACGACGACGAACGCAACAUACGCUGACCAGCUGAGCUCAGGCUUUCUGUCUAUGUUCGGUUUUGGACCCCGAUGAUAGAUUUCCUGAGAUUUGAACUCAGAAGCAAACCUAGAGCAAGAAAUUCAGAUUAUAACGCUGAACAAGAGACUCGGAUGAUUAUAGAAAUAACGAUGAAUGCGGCUAUUAGGGGUUAAACGUAUCAGGCUUUGUUGCUGUAUGUGUACCGUAAUUUAAAAUUCAGACUGUGAAGUUUUGGGGCGGAGCUUCAAUUCUCGUGCCUUUCUUUUUCCUGUCGGAUUUUUUUGAACACAUGAAGGUGGUGAUCGGAUUAUCAAAGCCGUGUGAAUGGUUAGUUGAAUGAAAUUUUACACCGAGCCCCAGUGACUGCGUUGAGUGUCGUGAUGGCUGGAACAUCUGAUCUGAUCUCAGUCGGAUUGGAGCUUAAGAGCAGUGAACAGUAUUUGAAAAUGAAUUUCAUAUAGAAGCCACAUUUUCUCCUCAAGUUCUCUUCAAAUAGCUACAUAAACACAGGACCAGCAUAACUGUUAAGGUUUACACACGUUAUAACCGGUGAGGCUAUGCUAGCUUGCUGAUUCCCAGCAGCUAACUGUUUAAUAACGGUGUGUUUUUCAAUACGACGUUGUGAUCCGUCGUUACGGUUCUUAUCCUUUUUGACUCUAAUCUAUGUCUCUUCGGCUCAGUUCACGGACUUUAAAAAUGAUCCGAUCGUACGAAAGUUAAAAGCUUUCGUACACGUGGUUCAAGUAUCACAGUUACGUCGGUUGCUAAUUCGACCACUCGUGUUGUUCAGGAGUGAGUGUGUGUAUGUGUGUGCAUAUGUGUGUGUUAUCUAUUAUUAUUCCCAUUUCUCUACCUACAAUGUGCCACCAGAGCCACGUGAUUUGUUUACAUGAUGUGGCGUGUCAUGUGAAUUUACGUGCACCUUCGGUCUUCUGCUCAGCUUACCUGCAUGACGCUUGUUUUGUUUCAUCGUAAUGUCUUAUUUUUUAAGACUGUAAAUGACAUCUAUCUUUUUACUAAGGCUCUAGAUAUAUAUAUAGUAUGUCGACGUGCUGGUUACACCUAUUUAAACCUUUUUUUUUUUUUUAAAUCAACAGGAGCGCUGUUGAAUAUUGUAAUACGAUCCAUGUUUAUGUAAUACGAUCAAACGAUACAUGCGUGUAUGUGUGAAAGUGUAUAAAACAUGUUAAACAUAUCUCUAACUAUAUAUUCACCUUCCCCAUUCUACACAGAUGUACUAUUUUUAAUAUUUACACCCAUAUACUCUCACUGGCCACUUUAAUAGAAAUGCCUACAGAGCUGUUUCUGGAGUUCAGUCAUGCAGUUGUUGAAUUUUCAGCCAAUCAGGUAGCAGUAGAUUGUGUAGAUCAUGAUAUCGUGUAGAUCCAGGUCAGUAUUAACUAAAGGACGCUUUAGUAACCGAAAUAACUGUUCUUUUAAAACCGUGGCGAGUUGAGAAUCACCUCCUCAAUAGCUCGAAGCUUGAGGUGGAUAAACUACAACAGCAGACUAUGUUGGCUUUUACGGUUUUCCGAGAUAAAUAAAUAAAUAAACAAACAAAUAAAUAAAUAAAUGCCGCAUUAAAAAGACCUUGCAUCAUAAGUUGGGAUUUUGGAAAAAGCAGCAAAACAAACAAAUUUAUUAAAAAAAAAAAAAAAAAAUCAGCAAAAUUAAUGACAUUUCGAAAGAAGCAGUAAAAUAAAGCAAAUCUUUGGGACAAAAAGCCUCAAAAUCAAGAAAAAUUUUGAAAAAGGAAGCAAAAUCAAACAAACGUUCGAAAAAAGCCACAAAAUCGAGCAAAUGUUGAAAAAUAAAAGCUGCAAAUUCAAGUUACAAUGAUCACUAGAGGGACUGAUUACUUUCUAAACGGAUGACUGUAUGAAUGACCAGAGUCUCUAUCAACGUUCCUAUCAAUGUGGCCGUCUUGAUGCACUGAUGCUUUAAUAUUUUUUCCGUUUUUUUUUUUUUUUUUGCAGAAUUUUAACCUAAUCAUAAUCGGGCUAUAAAUACGCAUACAGAGCUACCGUUAGCACAAGGUCAACGAAGAUGAAAAAGGUCAUUCACACGAUGUAUGGUUUGUGUUCGUUUCUCUGUGAACUGAAAAUUGUUGGUCUUCCCCCUGCCAAAAGGAUUUUUUGCUCAAGUUUACAUCUUUAUAGAGCUUCCAGUCAUAAUGACUUAAAAAACGGACAUGACACUCAUGUAAUCCCGGCUGUAAGAAAUCUGCUCAGAUGUACGUCAGUCUGGUCUUCAAUGCUGUACAGGUCACAAGCUUCAAUAAUAAAAAAAAAACACCCAU